UAAACUUUGAAAUUAUUAAUCAAAUAAAAGUUGAAGAAAUGGGUGGUGUUGUUGAAUCUGGUAACCCCAUUCCUCUUCUCACCCCUUACAAAAUGGGUAAAUUCAAUCUCUCUCACAGAGUUGUUUUAGCACCGUUAACGAGACAGAGAUCAUACCACAACGUUCCUCAACCACAUGCUAUUCUCUAUUACUCUCAAAGAGCUAUUGGCUCUAACGGUGGUCUUCUCAUUGCCGAAGCCACCGGUGUCUCCGACACUGCUCAAGGCUAUCCUGACACCCCUGGUAUUUGGACUAACCAACAAAUUCAAGCCUGGAAACCUAUUGUUCAUGCUGUUCAUGCUCAUCGUGCUACUUUCUUCUGUCAGAUUUGGCAUGUUGGAAGGGUUUCUGAUACUGUUUAUCAACCAAAUGGACAAGCACCUAUAUCUUCUACAGAUAAACCACUCACACCACAACUUAGAAGUAAUGGUAUUGAUGUAGCAAAAUUCACUCCUCCCAGGAGGCUAAGGACUGAUGAAAUUCCUAACAUUGUUAAUGAUUUUAGGCUUGCUGCAAGAAAUGCUAUUGAAGCUGGUUUUGAUGGAGUUGAGAUUCAUGGAGCUCAUGGUUACUUGCUUGAGCAAUUCAUGAAAGAUAAAGUGAAUGAUAGAACAGAUGAAUAUGGUGGAUCACUUGAGAAUCGUUGUCGAUUUGCUUUGGAAGUUGUUGAAGCUGUUGCAAAUGAGAUAGGUGCGGAAAGAGUUGGAAUUAGAUUAUCACCUUUUGCAGAAUAUGCAGAAUGUGGUGACUCUAAUCCCAAAGAGUUGGGGCUUUAUAUGGUUAAUGCCCUUAAUAAAUAUGGUAUUUUGUAUUGUCACAUGGUGGAACCAAGAAUGAAAACUGUUAAUGAAAAAAUUGAAUGCCCUCACAGCUUGGUGCCAAUGAGAAAGGCCUUCAAUGGCACUUUCAUGGUUGCAGGUGGUUACGACCGACAAGAUGGGAUCAAGGCCAUAGUUGAAGAUAGAGCAGAUCUUGUUGUUUAUGGUCGUUUGUUCUUAGCUAAUCCAGAUUUGCCGAAGAGAUUUGCACUUGAUGCUCCUCUUAACAAGUAUAAUAGGGAGACAUUUUACUUAUCUGAUCCAGUUGUUGGUUAUACUGACUACCCUUUCUUGAAUGAUGAAACCAAUGCUGCAGCAUCCAAGGGUGGAACCUCUUACUAGAUAAUAAGUUAUUUAUCCUUGCAAAUUGGUGUUUGUAAUGCAGUUAGUGAGUGAAAUAAGAGCUUUGAUUGCUAUCUAUUUUAUGAUUCCUGUCAUACUUACUCUGCUAAUGCUUUGGAGUUUGAACUAAGUUGACAAAUUAUGUAAAUGGUCAGGGAACAUAGUACCUGAAUGCCAUCAAGAAGUGUUAUAAACGAAAGCUAUGUACCUGAUUUUACAAAAAUAACAUGAUUUUUGUACUUUUAAGAGGACUA